AUGGACAUCACCAGCCCAGAAUUCCAAACCCUCUACGCCUCAAUGACAACCUUCGUCAACACCUGCAUGUCCGGCCACGACCCCUCCCACAACCCCGCCCACGUCCACCGCGUCGCCAACCUAGCAAACACAAUCCUAGAAGCCGAAGCCACCGCCCAGCCCACCCGCCCCCUCAACGCAGCAGUCAUCAAACUCGCCGCUCUCCUCCACGACAUCGGUGAUAGGAAGUACCUGCCCACCCUUACAUCCGCGACCAACGAGUCAAAAUCCGGCUCCGCCAACGCUACGAGCUCGGCCGACAUCGAUCCCAAAACAAUGGUCCAAAUAGCGCUGCUGAGCCACGGCGCCCCCGCAGAGCUAGCGUCGAAAGUGCAAACGGUCGUCUCCCACGUCUCGUACACCACCGAAUGCAAAGAUCCAGCUUUAAUCCGUCGUUUGAUCGACGACGGAUAUCCCGAGCUGGCAAUCGUGCAAGAUGCGGAUCGACUAGAUGCCAUCGGGGCGAUUGGGAUUGGACGGACGUUUACGUUCCUCGGGGCUCAGGGGAAGAAGUUUGCGGGCGAGAAUGGGUGGGAGAUGGGGAAUUGUAUUGAGCAUUCUGUGGAGAAGUUGGAGAGGCUUGAGGGGAUGAUGAAGACUGAGACUGGGAGGGGGAUGGCGAGGGUUAGGACGGAGAGGUUGAAGGUUUUUAGGGGGUGGUGGGAGGAGGAGAUGGAGGUUGCUACUGCUACUACUCUGUAG